CAUGUCAGUUUCUCGUUUCCUUAUCUUCUCACGUACGCUGGUCCACUAAGUAUUAGUAAAAUACUUUUUGGAACAGCUUUUAUUCGUCUAGAUGUUGUCAACAGACGAGGAGGAUAAUUCACCGCUCAUUCAGAGGACUGAAAUCAGGAGUUCUGUGUGCCAUGUGCGAGACUGGGUUGGCUGUAUUGUGGCAACAUUCCUGAUCAUCUUUGGAAUCAGUUGUAUUUCAGUAAUUAGUGUGUACAAGGCAAAGGUCAAAAAUGAGUAUGGCAUUGUACUGGAUGCAGGAUCAACACAUACCAAUAUGUUUGUUUACAAAUGGACAGUUGAUGAUGUUGUGAAAGGCACAGCACUUGUGGAGGAGAUUGGAGAGUGUGUUGUUAAGGAUAAAGAUAAUCAUGUGGCAGGAAUAUCAAGUUAUGUAUCAGAUCCUGCUGAAGCUGGACAGUCACUACAGGGUUGUAUAAAAAACACAGCAAAGAAGUUGAUACCUUCCUACCUACGAAAAAGGUCACCAAUCUACCUUGGAGCUACUGCAGGCAUGAGGUUGCUUAAGGAGAUGAAUCCCGCAGCAGCAAGUAGUAUCCUUGCAUCUGUACGAAAAACAUUGAAGAGCUCACCCUUCAUGUUUGAAGAUGACUAUGCCCGUAUCAUCAGUGGUGAAGAAGAAGGACUAUCUUCCUGGGUUACUGUCAACUACUUAAAUGGUAACUUUAAUACUUCACAGGAAACAAUAGGAGCUUUGGACAUGGGAGGUGCAUCUACACAAAUAACAUUUACUUCCUCCAAAGCAGCUCAACAUUCUAGUAAAUUAAAAUUGUAUGGGACAAAGUAUCAGCUGUAUACACACAGCUACCUAUGUUAUGGCAAAAAAGAGGCAGAGAGAAGAUUUUAUGCACAACUUGUUAAAGAAUCUAACUCAACUGCAAAAGUUUACAACCCAUGUGGACCCAAAGGCUACAUGCAGAACAUAACAUCCACGUAUCUGAGGAGUUCUCCUUGUGUGAAAGGACUUACCUCCAACCAGACUACAUUUACUCUGAUGGGAACUGGGAACUACUCCCUUUGUUCCAAAGAAGUCAGUAAACUUUUCAACUUUACAUCAUGUCAGGGCAACAGCAGCUGUUCAUUUGAUAGUGUUUAUCAACCAACCACGGAUGGAAAACAAUUUUUUGCAUUUUCUGGUUAUUACACUGUUACUAAAGAUCUUAAUCUCACAAGCAACGCGUCACUUGAUCAGCUACAAGCCUCCGCAAAGAAUGUCUGUGGGAAAUCUUGGGAUGAGAUUAAAACUAUCCCCACUAAGUAUCCACAGUUCUUGCCGUUUUACUGCUUCGAUGCACAGUACGUCUACACGAUACUUUCACGUGGAUACCACUUUGAGAAUUCAACCGCCAAAUUGCAAUUUGUCGGCACGGUUAACCGUCUUUCCCUCGGCUGGGCUCUCGGUUUUAUGAUCAACGCCACAAAUUUAUUACCAAUCGAAAAGCCUGCCCUCGUCUCAAUUCACCUGUUCCACAGUGGUGUUUACGUAGUAGUGGUAAUUGUUGGUGCUUUACUUCUCAGUACUGGGGUCCUUAUAUGCAUAAUGUCCGCCGGGAGGAUUUACAAACAAAGGCAAUCAAACGUGCAAGGACUGGUGCUGUGAUCAAGAUCAGUGGUUACUGUGCCCUGAUUUCUGGGUCGCGCGCUGUCUUGACAAAGUCAUGUGACCAGUAAUGGCGAAUUAGAAAAAAAAUGAAGAAGGUAUCAAAUAUUAAGAAAGUGCAUAUUACCACAGAAUUGCUUUUAUUAGACGAUAUUAUUUUUAUAAGAGCGCAUUGCAAAGAGACAGUGUUAACCAGGUGUGCGACUGGAUGUUUUGAAAAGCGAUUGUAGCCUUUUUCGAAUUCAAGGUGAGUUUUUUUCUAUAGAAUAUGUAUGUAGAAAAAUAAGCAUAGGGUUUGAUCUCAAUGACGACAGAUCAGGGCUGUCCAGGCUCAACGUUUAAGUAGUUUAUCAUAUACUUAAAGCAGAAAAUAACAGCUGGUUAUUGUUUGAUUCUGACCAUUCUAAGAUCCAAUAGUAAGUAAUCUUAUCUAAGUAGUUACCUACUCAGCCUCACUCACUUGUCGAACUUUUUCCAACUGUCAAUUACUGUAUCGAUUUGUAGUGGUUUCUCAAAGUUCUUGGCCGCGCCUUUCCCCACCCCCACCCCACCAUUUCCCGCUAUAUUGAGCCCACCGUCAAUGAAGAAAAAAUAAAGCCUCACUCAACUUGUAGAUGUGGAUGCGCCAGUAUUUGAGAUUUACAAGCAAGCAAAGAAUGGUUGAUUCAUACGUGAAGUCUUUUCUUGAAAGGUUUGUUUAGAAAUUGUAUUGAGAGAAAGAAGCGCAAUUUCGAAUCUCAAUUACACCCAUUCAGGGCUCUUGGUUAUAAAAAUUUCGGUGAGUCCUGUUCUAUCUUAGCUCUCCUAAGAUUCAAAGGUUACCCUCCUCCGAUCUCCAAACAUGGAUUUCAAAUAUUAAUUCGUAUAAUUUGGUGUUAAUUCAAGAUAACGGCACCUUAAUGAUUUUUUAUCCCGAUCCUACUGAGGCUAGUUCAUUUCUCCCGUGAUUCAAAAGGGUUGAACCAACUGGUAAGGAUGGGUAGGAAAUAACUACAAUUUUAACUUAAGAUCCCUCUAUUUUAUUGUAGUAUCACAGAUAACUUAUACUUAUUUAGUUUUACUUAUUUACUUAUACUUCGUGCGAACAUGCCUAAUUACAUCAAUGUUACAGUUGAUUUUUUACGUAAUAGCUACCUACUCCUGAAAUUUUAUAGAAACUCAACUUUUGUAAUAACUUACACUAAAACUCAACAUUAAAGACUAUUUUGAAUCCACUAUGGUUUUCACUUUUUGAAAGUGGCUAUGUCUCGGGACUACACUGAGUCAAGUGAAGAACGUGUGUUAUUUCUAACUUGUAACUGUGUAGUGUAUUAAACUACGGAACAAGACAA